UAGCAGAUGGAAAGACCUUUAAUCUGAGACAAAGGAGGAGACACGUUGGAAAAUCAACCUGAACCAUAGGAUUGCUUGAGAAGUAACCAUAAAGGAGGAAACUCACAUACACAUGCUAGAAGCAAAGACCAAAAGGCUGAAAAGAGCACGGAUUGGGAUAGCUUCAACACUUCUUCUGCUACUUACCGGAACUAGAAGCAAAAUGUCCCUGAAGUUGCCAAGAAACUGGGAUUUUAACUUGAAGAUGGAGGCUGGGAAAAUAGCUCGCUCCAGGAGCGUGAUGACCGGCGAGCAGAUGGCGGCCUUCCACCCCGCGACCACCCCCAACCCGCUGGAGAGGCCGAUCAAGAUGGGCUGGCUGAAGAAGCAGAGGUCCAUCGUGAAGAACUGGCAGCAGCGGUACUUCGUGCUGAGGGCGCAGCAACUCUACUACUACAAGGAUGAAGACGACGCGAAGCCACAGGGUUGCAUGUACCUACCAGGAAGUACAAUCAAGGAGAUUGCAACAAAUCCAGAAGAAGCUGGGAAGUUUGUGUUUGAAGUUACUCCAGCUUCAAUGGACCAGAAUCGUACAGGACAGGACUCCUAUGUCCUCAUGGCAAACUCCCAGACAGAGAUGGGGGAAUGGGUUAAAUUCCUAAAGAGAGUUGCUGGCACACCAUCUGGAGCGGUGUUUGGCCAGCGUUUGGAUGAGACCGUGGCCUAUGAGCAGAAGUUUGGUCCCCAUUUGGUGCCCAUUCUGGUGGAGAAGUGUGCUGAGUUCAUCCUGGAGCAUGGCCUGCAUGAGGAAGGCAUCUUCCGUCUGCCUGGGCAGGACAACCUGGUGAAACAGCUGAGAGAUGCUUUCGAUGCAGGGGAGCGACCCUCCUUUGACAGAGAUACAGAUGUGCACACAGUGGCCUCUCUGUUCAAGCUCUAUCUCCGAGACCUACCAGAGCCUGUAGUUCCCUGGAGCCAGUAUGAAGGGUUCCUGGUCUGUGGACAGCUCAUGAAUGCUGAUGAGGCAAAGGCUCAGCAGGAGUUGAUGAAACAGCUUUCCAGCCUUCCUCGAGACAACUACAACCUCUUGAGCUACAUCUGCAGGUUCCUACAUGAAAUCCAGCUGAACUGUGGUGUUAACAAGAUGAGUGUGGAUAAUCUAGCUACUGUGAUUGGAGUAAAUCUCAUCAGGUCGAAGAUUGAAGAUCCUGCAGUGAUUAUGAGAGGGACUCCUCAGAUUCAAAGGGUGAUGACAAUGAUGAUCAGAGACCAUGAGGUCCUCUUCCCUAAGUCCAAGGAUGAACCUCUGUCCCCUCCUGCCCAGAAAAAUGACCCCAAGAAACCUCCAGUAGCUCGUAGCUCUGUGGGCUGGGAUGCCACUGAAGAUCCUCCAAUCUCUCGGACAGAUAGCUUUAGUAACACCACCAGCGACUCAGACACAACCAGCCCCACUGGACAGCGGCCAAAUGAUGAAUCUCUUGAAGAGGGCAGCACAUCCCCCCUGGAAAAGCUAGGGGACUGGAAACUGCAUUCACGGAAAAGGACUCAGACAUUACCUAACCGGAAAUGUUUCUUGAUAUCAGCUUUGCAAGGUGUCAACAGCAACAAAGUGGAAAUCUUUAAAAAUGAGUUCUGGUCUCCUUCCUCAGAGGUGAAGUCAGGGGAAGGACAUAGGAGAACAAUGUCUCAAGGUGUGUCCAACCUCUCUGACUCCCAGCGGACUUCUACCUAUGAUAACGUCCCAACCCUGCCAGAAUCCCCUGGGAACAAAGCAGGAACUUCAUCUUCCCAUACGUGUGACUCCAAGAGAGAUUCCCUUUCCAGCUGCAAAUCUGAAACUGGGUCUGGAGAAAAGACCUGUGGGGAAGAGGAUCUUGAGUCAUUGCAAAGGAUGGUCCAGGAGCUUCGAGAGGAAAUAGAAACACAGAAGCAAACAUAUGAAAAACAGAUUAAAACCCUUGAGAAGGAAAAUUAUGAUGUCUGGGCAAAGGUCGUGAGGCUUAAUGAAGAGCUCGAGAAGGAGAAGAAGAAGUUUGAAGCCUUGGAAAUCAGCCUCCGCAAUGUGGAACGUUCCCGGGAAGAUGUAGAAAGAAGGAACAAGGCAUUGGAAGAGGAAGUCAAAGAAUUUGUUAGAUCAAUGAAAGAACCCAAGACUGAUGCAUGAGAGUCCUACAGAAGCCAAUGCCGUUCCUUAUAUUGGUACUAACCAAUUAUUGGGGAGCAAAAUUACUCCCCAACAAGGAGAAAGCAUUUAGUGGGAAAACAUCCCAUCUGAUAGUAAAUAAAUGAAUAGAGUUUUUAGGAAGAUGAGUGGGAACAUAUGUGGACCUCUGUGACACAAACUGUGGCUGUUUUCAGAAGGGUACACUCUUCCUCAGUGGUCUCAGGCAAGUGGUAUGGAACUGUCAAAGACUGAAUGGAAACUGAUAAGUGCGACACUGGAGGCAGGUGACAUCUCAGGACCAGGCAACAGGCUGGCCCACCUAAGUCAGACUGAGGAGUCUGCUCCUCAUUUUCUCUGCAGAACAAUGUAAAUUGCAAGUGGCCUCAGAGUAUCUCUGAAGACUGGAACAGAAAACUACAUGCAACACUUGAGUGCUCUCCUACCAUGUGUCAUGUUUUGGUAGGGGGCUGCACCUGCUGAAGCCAGUGUUCCUGUUGCCCCCUACCACUGAAGCACCUUCAAGCAUGAGAAACUCAAAAUUAUUAUGAGACUAAGACAAAAAAAAGCCAUAAAUAUAUUUAUGAAAGUAAAGCCAAUAAGAAAAUCAUAUUCAAAUAAAGCAAAGAAGGAAAUGAAAAAAUGGAACCAUGCAAUGCCUUUGUGAUAAUAAGUGAACUGCCCCUUCCUGGGGGCAAAGACACCCCUCUUCUUGGGCAUGAUUGAUAAGCAGGACAAGGGCUAGAUUGCACACCUUUCUUUUCUGAUGUGAUUUCCUGGUCAUGGAUUCAGAUAAUAAUAAUAAUAAUGAUGUUAAUGGUUUUCUAUUUCUCCAGAGUGCAUAUGAUCUCUUAGUAUAAGGGGACACAAGGCCCAAAGUGACCAGCAGAGAGCCGACCCUCUCUGCUGCACUAAGCCCACCUGGUAGACUGCUGCUGAGACUCGAGGCUUUGUUAGGUAGGCAUGGUGGAGGAUUUUAUGGCUCUGUCAUCAUUUUACUUAAGUGGUCUCAAGCUUUCUAUGUUCCCCAUCAGGUAGAAAAUACCGGAACAUUCACGUGUUCACGUAGGCGUAUUUAUUUAUUUGUUGAUUAUGUUGCUGUACUACU